CAUUUAGGUACGCCAACGUUAGCGCUUUACUUUGAACAGACGUUGUGGUUCAUUUUUAUCUCUCGUAGUUAAGCUGUGUCAGGAUGACUGAGAACGACGUGGACAACGAGCUGUUGGACUAUGAGGAGGACGAGGUGGAGGCUGCAGGGGUUGGGGAUGUUGGAGGUGGAGGUGACAUGUCGAUAAGGAAGGAGGGAGUGAAGGGUUCCUAUGUGUCCAUUCACUCCUCUGGAUUCAGAGACUUCCUGCUGAAACCUGAGCUGCUCAGAGCCAUAGUGGACUGUGGGUUUGAGCAUCCAUCUGAGGUUCAGCAUGAAUGCAUCCCUCAGGCAAUCCUUGGUAUGGAUGUGCUCUGUCAGGCCAAGUCUGGGAUGGGGAAGACUGCAGUGUUUGUUCUGGCCACCCUGCAGCAGCUGGAGCCCGUCACUGGACAGGUGUCGGUCCUGGUGAUGUGCCAUACCAGAGAGCUGGCCUUUCAAAUCAGCAAGGAGUAUGAGAGAUUUUCAAAGUACAUGCCCACUGUCAAGGUGGCAGUGUUCUUUGGAGGGCUGUCUAUAAAGAAGGAUGAAGAGGUGCUAAAGAAGGACUGUCCUCAUAUCGUGGUGGGGACACCAGGCAGGAUCCUGGCACUGACACGCAACAAGACACUCAACCUGCGUCACAUCAAACAUUUCAUCCUGGAUGAGUGUGACAAGAUGCUCGAGCAGCUUGACAUGCGCAGAGACGUCCAGGAGAUUUUCCGUAUGACUCCCCAUGAGAAGCAGGUCAUGAUGUUCAGCGCCACUCUGAGCAAAGAGAUCCGUCCAGUCUGCAGAAAGUUCAUGCAAGAUCCGAUGGAAAUCUUUGUGGACGAUGAGACCAAGCUGACUCUGCACGGGCUGCAGCAGUACUACGUCAAGCUGAAGGACAAUGAGAAAAACAGAAAGCUCUUUGACCUCCUUGAUGCACUAGAGUUCAAUCAGGUGGUGAUCUUUGUCAAGUCUGUCCAGCGGUGUGUAGCUCUGGCUCAGCUUCUGGUGGAGCAGAACUUCCCAGCGAUUGCCAUCCAUCGAGGGAUGCCUCAGGAGGAACGUUUGUCUCGCUACCAGCAGUUCAAGGACUUCCAGAGGAGAAUCCUGGUGGCCACCAACCUGUUUGGACGAGGGAUGGACAUCGAGAGAGUCAAUAUUGCCUUUAACUACGACAUGCCAGAGGACUCCGACACUUACCUACACAGGGUGGCCCGGGCAGGCAGGUUCGGAACAAAGGGCCUGGCCAUCACGUUUGUGUCAGACGAAGGUGACGCCCGCACGCUCAAUGAUGUCCAGGACCGCUUCGAGGUGAACAUCAGCGAGCUGCCAGACGAGAUUGACAUCUCCUCUUACAUUGAACCGGCGCGAUAGACGAACCAAAUGCUCCCUGGGGCUUCUAGUCACUUUGUAUUUGCAGUUUCAUGAUGAUGGUAGAUGCAGACUGUCUUUCUAGAAACCCUGGCAUGUCAGACAGCAGAUAUUUUCUUAAUCCUGUGACAUUUGCUUUUUGAGAGAAUGAAGCAGUGGUGGUGGUACGGCUCCCUCUGCAGGGAGAAAUCAGGACAGUCGUUGUUUCAUAAUGUUUGUUAUAUUUAAGUUUCUAAUGUCAGUAUUUGUUAAUGAAUAUUUAAUUUUGAUAUUGAGUUGUUUUAUGAAGGAUAGCCGGUUUUCUAGGUAUUUGACUUGUUAUAAGAGGUAGUUCUAGGACUGGCAGUAGAGAAAUGGACAUGACUAAACACUAUUCACUGCUGUCUGGAUUAAUAAAUAUGG